GUUGAAGCAUGUUGUGUGUCCAGAUUUCGCUCUCCAGUCUAGCCAGCUUCUAGUUGCCCCUGUCUCUACCUAGCUACAUACUCUCUGCAAGUCUGCAUAGUACCAGUUAUUCAAUAUAACCAAGGAAUCAAUCGAGCUCGAGGAAUUCAGCUGGAGACUUCUAGUGAGCUGACUGAUCAAUGAUGACCUGGAAAUGGAAUUAAUCUAGAGGGUAGAGAUUGCAGUAUCUUGCCAAUUCGUCAUGCGUACAGAAGUUAUCAAGGCAAACACCAUUGAUGAGGCUGUUGAAGGAAUUCUGGAUGAACUCAAGUAUACUAGAGGAAAAGAAAAUGUCAUAUACUUUGAUGGCUGGGACGGGCUGGGGGCAUCUGCGGUCGUGCAAGCCGUAGCCCAACAGCUCGCAUCGAAUGAAAAGAAACGGCAAUGGGGACUGCAGUUUGAGCAAGUCAUCCACAUCGACUGCUCUAAGUGGGAGAGCACAAGAGCAGUUCAGAGGGAAAUCGCAGAGCAGCUGAAUCUUCCCAAUCAGGUGAUGCAGAUGUUUGGCAAGCAAGACGAGGAGGAUGAUUUCAAUGGUAUUACUGAUCAGCAAUCUCGGGCUGGGAUAGCACAGGUCGCAAUAGAGAUCCAGAGGAGCAUACAGGGCAGCAGGUUUUUGCUGGUUCUUCACAAUGGAAGCAACGAGGAGAUUGACAUAUCUAGCCUUGGUCUUCCUGUAUAUGAAUAUUUGACCAACAAGGUGAUAUGGACCUUCCAAGGGAGGUUUCGGAUGGACCCCAAUAUGAAAGACAAGGCCAUCAAGAAGGAUAUAACAAAUGUUCUUCUCUCAGCUUCAUGCUACGAGAAAAACCCACAAGAUCUCUGGUACUAUCUACUGCGCAAAGAGGCUACACUAGUUGCAUAUAAGAGUGGUGAUAAUCGGUCGUGGCAAGCUGCAGCAAGCACGACUGUGUACAUGCAGACAUUGCAUCGUCUCAUGCAAGCAAGGCUUCGCGCUACAGGUCAAAUCUAGGCCUGCACAGCCGGCGGACCCAUGACCGUUAGGCGACAGGGAGGCGAUCCGGGGCGAUCUCCGCGCCCGACGGCGGAGCCACCGCCCGAUGCCGGCGAUCGCCGCCGGGUGGGCGGUCACUUCUGGGCCCUCGCCGGAUCUGACGAUGAUGAUGCGGACGAGGAUGGAGCGGAGCCGUCGGGGGAGUCACCGCCGUCUCCUACGCCGUCGGACCUAAUCUGUGAAUUCUUUCAUUCAGGUUACUCGGAAGAGGAAGUAGCGACCACGGUGGACAAGGUGGUUCCCAGAGACGAUCUGGCUCGUGAGGGGCUGCACGAUGGAGAGAAGAUCGAGAUUGUUCGCCGGAUCGUGCAUAGAAGGACGGCGCCGUCGGCGCUUCGUCCAUGGAAGGGACCUUUACCCAAGGCGGCGCAGGUACCUGUGUCCAGCCGGGGCGACAUAUCUUUGGGGCAGGAGGCCCUGGAGGUCCGUCUCGCGGGAGCCUCGUUGGUGGUGGGGUCGCCGGAGGUGCUAGGCAGGCGUCAGGGGCAGGUGGCCCCUGACCCUCUAGUACCGACGGCGGUCCUGCAGGUGGAGCGCACGGCUGCCACGGCGUCGGCUGGGGGGGUCGGACUAGGGCAGGAGGCCCUGGUGCCAACUCCGUCAGGCAUCUCCACAUCUCCUACGCGGUCCCCCUCUCCCAGACCUACUCCGGGAGCCGCUACUCGGGAGGAGGUGAUCGCGUUCGGAGGGAUCCGAGACCCUGCUUCCGAGGGGAGGCGGACGAGCUCUCGUCUCCAGGACCUUCCGGAGGUUGAUGAUUUGCAGCAGAGGUGCGCUAUGCGGGCGGCCAAGCUGCGUGAUGUGGAGAGCACAACAGGUUAUCUUCCGAGCAACGGCUCUUAUCCGUUCCUGGUCGCUACUCACUCCGACGGAGGCCAGGGAGCUUUUGGUUACUGCUGCUAUCCGAUGGGAGAUGGUAGCUCGGGAUAUAUUCAGCCGGUUUGGAUGGCGGUCGUGUAACAGGAUAGGCAAUUAGUUUACCUGUCUAUUUUGGAGCCAAACGGCUGUGAUGUAUAAGUGCUUUGGCUAGCUUGUGUAUCUAGCCUUCGGGCUCUGUGUGAGCCUUUUCUUACUUUUCUUGUUGACAACCUUGAGACUUGGAGACUUUGUGGACUAUUUUAUGCUUAAUAAGAUGGCCGUAUGCAUCAUGCUGAUGCAGAGGCCGGGGAAGCCCCCCUUUUCGAAAAAAAAAAA